AUGGACUCUAGCAAGCAGCCCACGGCCUUUAUUGGUCUUGGGGCUAUGGGAUUUGGAAUGGCGACCAAUCUCGUUCGUCUUGGAUAUGCUGUCACGGGUUUCGAUGUUUAUGGGCCGACUCUGGACAAGUUCAAAGCAGCAGGAGGUCUCAUGGCGACAAAUCCAGCGGAAGCUGUCGCGAGCAAGGAGUUCUGUGUUGUCAUGGUUGCCACAGCGGAACAGGCGCAAGGCGUCUUGUUUGAAGGUGACGCUCCGGCCCUGUCGACCCUUCAGCAAGGAGCGGUGGUGCUGCUAUGCUCGACGGUACCAUGCGCUUAUGUUCAAGGUCUUCAGAAAGAGCUGGUUGCAAGAAAUCGCGAUGAUAUUGCUCUGGUGGAUUGUCCGGUGUCCGGAGGGGCUGCCAGAGCUGCGGCAGGUACUCUAUCGAUUAUGGCCGGCGCAGAAGAGGAAGCUAUCCGAAGGGGGUUUCACCUGUUGCAGGCCAUGUCGGACCCUGAGAAGCUUUACAUCGUCAAGGGCGGCAUCGGAGCUGGAAGCAACAUGAAAAUGUGCCAUCAGGUACUCGCGGCCAACCAGAUCCUAUCAUCGAGCGAAGCGUUGGGCUUUGCGACGCACCUGGGCUUGGAUCUCCCAAACACGGGCGAGAAAAUCAUCAAGUCAGAAGGUUGGAGUUGGAUGUUUGAGAACCGGCUACCACGCAUGCUGGACGCGCAAUUCGGACCUCUGGCUAGCGCGGUCACGAUCAUUCUCAAAGACACCAGCAUCAUCACCUCAGAAGCACGCCGGGCCGGAUUCCCCACUCCGAUGACCUCGACGGCGGAGCAGGCCUAUUUCACCGCCCUCGGGAAAGGCUACGGCCCGGACGACGAUGCCAGUCUCAUCCGACUCUACAUCGAAGGGGUGGGAAAGGUUGGACCGGUCAAGCCAACCGUCACGUCCGAGGAGAGCAAGCUAGGCUUCGUCGUCAGCCUACUUCGUGGCAUCCAUCUUUGCGCGGCAGCCGAGGCAAUUACAUUUGCGCUUUUUGUCGGUCUGGACUUGGAGCAGGUCUUUGAGCUUUGCAUCAACGCUGCCGGUGGGAGCAGCAUGCUUUCCGGCGAGGGCCGGCGCAUUGUGGAUGCUAUCGCGGCCGGAGGGUCGCCGCACGAUUGGGCUGCCUCCGGCAACGAGAGCCAACUCCAAACAAUGUCACACGAGCUUCAGGAGGCGGUCGACGAGGCGCAAAAACUGAAGCUACCACUGUUUCUCGGAACACAGGCUCUCAACUUGAUCAGGGGUGUUUUGCUAACUGCCGGACCCAAGGCGCCUGCGCCUGGCAUUUGUAGUGUUUUGUUGCAAUGA